CAUAGCUUUAUUAAAAUUCUACGAUUUGCAUAAUCCACAACACCACACAGAAAUGGCAGCUACUGCAUCUUACGGGCCGGUCAUGGCUAAUACAUCAAGUCUGAAGGAGAAGCCUAUGGCUGUGCGAACAGCAAAUAUCAUUGCUGCGAGAGCCGUGGCCGACGCUAUUAGGACUUCACUCGGCCCGAGGGGAAUGGACAAGAUGAUUCAGAAUGGGAAAGGGAAUACGUUGAUUACCAAUGAUGGGCAUACUAUCCUGAAAGAUAUGGCUGUAAUGCAUCCUGCGGCGAAGAUGUUGGUAGAUCUCUCGGCCGCCCAGGACGUUGAGGCUGGGGACGGAACAACUUCGGUGGUUGUUAUUGCCGGGAGCCUUCUGGGGGCUGCGCAGAAGCUACUAUCAAAAGGCAUCCACCCCACUGUCAUCGCAGAAUCCUUCCAAAGAGCCGCUGCAAAGGCUGUUGAAAUCCUCACCGAUAUGUCAACCCCCGUAGCACUUACAGACCGCCAGUCACUCCUCGAUGCAGCGAGCACCUCACUUUCUAGCAAGAUUGUUUCCCAAUAUUCUACUCUCCUCGGACCGAUGGCUGUUGAUGCCGUGUUACGAGUUAUCAACCCCGCCAUUGCUGAAAACGUCGACUUAAAUAAUAUCCGUAUAGUUAAAAAGGUUGGAGGCACAAUUGAUGAUACAGAGCUUGUGGAUGGGCUCGUUUUGACACAGAAUGUUCUUAAAGGCUCCGGAGGCCCAUCGAGAAUGGAGAAGGCGAGAAUUGGCUUGAUACAGUUUCAAUUGUCACCGCCCAAACCUGAUAUGGAAAACCAAAUCGUUGUCAAUGACUACCGCCAAAUGGACAAGAUCUUGAAGGAAGAACGGACAUACUUACUUAAUAUGUGCAAGAAGAUUAAGAGGGCCAAGUGUAACGUUCUAUUCAUACAGAAGUCGAUUCUUAGGGACGCUGUCAACGAUCUUUCUUUACAUUUCCUGGCCAAAUUGAAUAUUCUAGCAAUCAAGGAUAUUGAACGUGAUGAGGUUGAGUUUAUCUGCAAGAGCGCCGGAUGCAAGCCCAUUGCCGAUAUUGACUCUUUCACCGACGACAAGCUUGGAACAGCAGACCUCGUCGAGGAAGUGCAGUCCGCGGGAGCGCGCAUCGUAAAAGUCACUGGCGUCAAGAGCGUUGGCCAAACUGUCUCAGUUCUGUGUCGUGGAGCCAACUCCAUGAUUCUUGACGAGGCUGAACGUUCCUUGCACGACGCUCUCUGCGUCAUCAGAUGUCUCGUAAAGAAGAAGGCCCUCAUUGCUGGAGGCGGUGCGCCCGAAAUUGAAGUUUCCCGCGCAUUGAUGAAAGCCACCAUUGCUCUUACAGGCACUGAGUCGGUCUGCUGGCAAGAGUUCGCAGAAGCCCUAGAAGUCAUUCCCACAACUCUUGCGGAAAACGCCGGCCUUAACAGCAUCCGUGUUGUGACAGAGCUCAGGAACAGACACGAGAAGGGUGAGAAGUCUGCAGGGGUUAGUGUUAGAAGGGGCGCUGUCACCAAUAUCGUUGACGAGAGCGUCCUGCAACCGUUGCUGGUGAGCACUAGUGCCAUCGAAUUGGCAGCAGAAACUUGUAAGAUGAUUUUGAGGAUAGAUGAUAUUGCACUUUCCCGGUAAAUUGGGGUUGGUGCAUGGGAGGGUUCGUAGAAUGUACGGCUAGAAUAAUGCUACCCUGAGAAGCUUUAUCAAGUGACUUUCGAGUUGGGUUUUUGAGUUGGGUUAUGCUGGAUGUUGGUGUGAUUAAUCUACCGCUAAAUACAAAGGCCUUAAUUCCCGGGCA